UCGGCCAGUGCGGUCAGUGUCUCUGGCCCCUCUUCAUAUUCUCCUAAGACCUAAAGGUUAUCGAACGUUUUUUCAAACAUAAGAGCUCACCCCUCAGAUGGGCGGGGCGACGAGUGGUCUGGUGGUGGUGAGCGCGGUGAUGGUGAUGGUAAUGACGUACAGUUCUGAUGCCUUCAAAGACGACGAGACAAUCUACAAGUGGUCGCCGCUGUGGUUCAACCGAUACUACAGCAGAGGCCACAACCUCUACAAGCGAGUUCGAGACGAAGAUCAAGAUCCCAGCUGGAGCCCCGACAGCUUCCUCGGCUACCCGGACUACGUCUACAACAAACGAACAAGCGUGGACGGCAGUGCGGGGAGGUGCAUGAAGGAGAACGCUCCGUGCAGCUACGUGGCGCGCUACAGCGGCGAGCUCGUGAGGCUGCGCUGUUGCGGGGCCCUGCAGUGCGUGGAUGAUGGCCUCAUGCACACCUGCACCAACGUACAGUCCCUGCUGGACGCUGACUACGAAGAAUGAGGCGAUGGAGAGGCUGAUGACCGUGACGGCAGCGCCGCCAUGGAUGGCUGCCACGACUCGUGUAGCUUAGAUGAUACAGUGUAUGCAUUCCUGAGAGCUUUAAUAAAUAACAAAAUUUA